GUGUUCCCACCAUUCAUUACAUGCGCUCAACUCUGCUCCAUUGACCAAUAUAUAUGCACUAUAUUGCCAAAAGUAUUGAGCCAACCCUCCAAAUCAUGUGAUUCAAGUGUUCCAAUCCCCUCCCAAUCAUGUGAUUCAGGUGUUCCAAUCCCCUCCCAAUCAUGUGAUUCAGGUGUUCCAAUCCCCUCCCAAUCAUGUGAUUCAAGUGUUCCAAUCCCCUCCCAAUCAUGUGAUUCAGGUGUUCCAAUCCCCUCCCAAUCAUGUGAUUCAGGUGUUCCAAUCCCCUCCCAAUCAUGUGAUUCAGGUGUUCCAAUCCCCUCCCAAUCAUGUGAUUCAGUGUUCCAAUCCCCUCCCAAUCAUGUGAUUCAGGUGUUCCAAUCCCCUCCCAAUCAUGUGAUUCAGGUGUUCCAAUCCCCUCCCAAUCAUGUGAUUCAGGUGUUCCAAUCCCCUCCCAAUCAUGUGAUUCAGGUGUUCCAAUCCCCUCCCAAUCAUGUGAUUCAGGUGUUCCAAUCCCCUCCCAAUCAUAGUCAAUAGCUAAAGACCUCCAAACUUGGUGUGGCCUUCAGAUGAGCCCAACAACAACAGUGCGUAGAGAGCUUCAUGGAAUGGGUUUCCAUGGC